AUGCGAAGGAUUCCCAUUCGGAAUUCAGGCAGUAAAACUUUUGUCAAUAAGAAUAAAGACAAAAAAGCGAAACCACAGCGACCCCUCACAAAAAUUAUAUUACGGCGAUUGCCUGCAACGAUGACGGAAGAGGCAUUUCUUGAGCAGGUGUCUCCGAUACCUGAACACGACUAUUUCUAUUUUGCAAAGCCAGACACGUCUCUUGGUAACAAUAUUUACUCGAGGGCUUACAUUAACUUUGUAAAUGUUGACGAUAUUUAUCUGUUUAGGGAUAAAUUUGAUGGAUAUGUUUUUUUGGAUGAAAAGGGUUUGGAGUAUGUUGGUAUUGUGGAAUAUGCACCAUUUCAAAGAAUUCCUAAGAAAAAGAAGAAAAAGGAUCCAAAAUGUGGAACUCUUGAAAGUGAUCCAAUAUAUCAGGAAUUUUUGGAAUAUCUCAGUAAAGACCAAGAAGCUGACACCCAACCGAAACUGGAAUAUUCAUAUCCUGUAAAUGAUGGCAAUGAGAAGAAAGUUCAAACAACACCACUGCUUGAGUACUUAGCUGCUCGAAAACAAGACAAAAGAGGUAGAGAUGAAAGACGUAGGCGUGAAAAUGACAAACGUAAAAUGAGAAUUGAAAGGAAGUCUAAAGAUUCUUCAAUCAGAAAAUAUGGAGAUCUGUCUGAUGAUGAAAGCUAUCACGAUAGAAAUGAAAUUGUCAGAAAAUAUAACAAGCAGAGUGCAUGGUAUGGAGAGCAAAGAAUUUAUCAUAAAACCAGAAGUUGCAAUAAUAAUAUCAAUUUUGAAUUAAAUGAUUUAGUGAAAUGUCAAGGGUCUGAGGACAUAAUCAAUACAGGCUCUGAUUGGAAUACCCAGUUUCCAGCUCUUACUAUGAAAACACAUAAUACUUUUACUUUAACUUCAUCAAAAGCUAGUGAUAAGCAAGAUGCUGUUGAAGUUAGUCAGAAAUCUGGUGGUGACCCUUUUUUAAAGGAAGAAGAUAUUAUUAUAGAGAAUGAUGUUAAAAAGAUCAAGCCAAGAGAAUGGGAAAAAGACAGAUCCAAUGAUGUGAAAGAUGAUAGUGACAUUUAUGACUCACACUCUUACAAAGAUCGCAAAAUAGCGUUUGUCAGUGACAAAAAAAAGAAAUUUGAUGAUAAAAAGGGAAGCUAUAAAGGUGAAGAAGAUCUCGAUGAGUUUGAUAUAAAAAAAGACAAGUGUGAAAAAAUUGAUUCCCCUCGAGAACAAAAAAGUAAAAAGUACAGCGAUUCAAGGAAGGAAAGAUUCAAACUCACUGAUGCUAAAUCAGAGAAGCCAUCAGCUAUAAAUAAAAUGAUGUCUGAAAAGCCCAAGACCUUGAAUCAUGAUGAUAUAAAACCAUUUACACAGUUGCCUCAUGUUAAAACAGAAGAUCUGAGUAAACUCUUGGAAAGCAAAUCAAAGGGUGAAGAUACAAAAUUAUCAAAAACUGAAAAGAUAAAUAAGAAUAUUAAUAAUACGAAUGAUAUAAGAAUGAGAAGAAAUAGCUUGGAGCCAGGAGAUUUGAGUAAAGAAGGAAGCCUAGAAAGGCAGAAAUCUUUAGAGGAUAGGAGUAGGUCUAUAGAUAGAGAAGGUUCUGAGGAAAAAGAAAAGAGUGACAGUAUUGAUUGCCGCACUGAGAGAAGAAUCAGGAAUAAGGAUCGCCCUAGCCUCGUAAUUUACCAACCGGGCAUGGGUAAGUUCAGUAAACAACGUUUGGCAAAAGAUAAAGACCCUCCCACAUCAAAAACGGUUAACGAAAGCGAAAAAAAGGAUACUUGA